UGCCCUCCCUUCCCUCCCAAUAUAAGCCGCUCGCCGCAGAGCUAAACUAAUCACAAGGCACCACCACACAACACCACGCUCACCGAUCUCAUCGAUCGCCUCCCGUUCUCCUCCCCUCAACCCGUCCCCUCCGUCUCGCCGGGAAUGCAGAGCGAUGAGGCGGAGACCAGGCACUGACGUCGCCGUCCAGCGCAAGCUGCGCGUCGGCCGCACCUGCCACCGGAAGCACGUCGAGGACGGGUAGAGUGGCCGGAUCUCUGCUCCCACAGUUCGAUUGCCAGGUAGAUUGUCUUCAACACCGAUUUCUUGGGGGAGGGAAGGGGGCCGAAUCGAGAGAUCGGGAAUGGCGGGUUCGGCGGAGGGGAAGAAGGGCGGGGUGUUGCAGGGGCGGUACGAGAUGGGCCGUGUGCUCGGCCACGGCAACUUCGGGCGGGUGCACAUCGCGCGGGACCUGAGGACCGGGCGGGCCGUGGCGGUCAAGGUGGUUGCCAAGGACAAGGUGGUGCGCGCCGGCAUGGUGGAGCAGAUCAAGCGGGAGAUCGCCGUCAUGAAGCGGGUCUCCCACCCCAACAUCGUCGAGCUCCACGAGGUCAUGGCCACGCGCUCCAAGAUCUACCUCGCCCUCGAGCUCGUCCGCGGCGGGGAGCUCUUCGCGCGGAUCGAGCGCUCCGGCCGCGUCACGGAGGACAUCGCGCGCCGCUACUUCCGCCAGCUCAUCUCCGCCGUCGACUUCUGCCACGCCCGCGGCGUCUACCACCGCGACCUCAAGCCCGAGAACCUGCUCCUCGACGAGGCGGGGAACCUCAAGGUCGUCGAUUUCGGCCUCAGCGCGCUCGCCGACCACGCCCGCGCCGACGGGCUUCUCCACACCCUCUGCGGCACGCCGGGCUACGCCGCGCCGGAGGUGCUCCGCGACAAGGGCUACGACGGCGCCAAGGCCGACCUCUGGUCCUGCGGCGUCAUCCUCUACGUGCUCCUCGCCGGAUCCCUCCCGUUCCCGGACGACAACGUUGUUACCAUGUACAAGAAGGCGCAGCGCGGUGACUACCGAUGCCCGCCGUGGUUCUCGACGGAUGCGCGCAGGCUCAUUCCCAAACUGCUCGACCCCGACCCCGCCACCCGCAUCACCGUCGCGCAGCUCGUGGAGACGUCGUGGUUCAAGAAGACGUCCAUCGCCAAGCCUCUGAGUCUUGAGCCGCCAGCAUGCGUGAAGGAUGCCGCCGACAAGGACGAACCCGAGGCGCUGAACGCGUUCCAUCUGAUAUCCCUUUCCGAGGGAUUCGACCUCUCGCCACUGUUCGAGGGCCACCCGGCAAGUCGGCGGCGGGAGGGCGGCAUGCGGUUCGCGACGCGGGAGCCAGCACGGGGCGUGGUCUCCCGUCUCGAGGAGGUCGCUGCGCGUGGCGGCGGGCGGAUGCGGGUGACCAAGAGCAGCCCGGGGGGCGUGCGCCUCGAGGGCGCGGAACGCGGCGGUCGCAAGGGCCGGCUCGCCGUGGCCGCCGAGAUAUUCAGCGUGGCUCCUUCGGUGCUCGUCGUCGACGUCAAGAAGGACGGCGGCGACACCCUCGAGUACCUCUCGUUCUGCUGCGACGAGCUCCGGCCAGCCCUCCAGGACAUUGUCUGGGCCGCCGACCCUCCGGCGUCUGUCGCCAUCGCCGUCUGACGCUGCAGUACCAUGUUUUUUUUUCUGUUACUCUUGAUUCGGUAGUGACGGGAGUGAAGUAGUAUGUUGCUGUUAUGUUAGUCUGGUCAGUGCGAAGAAGAAGAAUCAGCUCUGCCUUCCCUGAAGGAUUUCAUUUGUUGCAUAAUUGUAUUGUUUUUGUUACAUCUGAAUAUUAUGCGUCUGUCAAGCUUGCUUGCA